UUUUUUAAAAUAAUAAGAUGGUUAAAGAGACCCAAACUGUUAUUAAUCCAGUAGCAAUGACGACGGAGGACUCAGUUUCCGGUUGAAAUCUGUUUUCCGCUCUCAAACCCUAACCUGAAACUAAAAUUCGUCUUCUACCUAAUCAAUUUCCAGUUGAAAUCUGUUAUUAAUCCAGUAGCAAUGACGGAGGACUCAGUGGAUGUGAUAAUUGAUCCUGAUUACGAAUUCCGUGCACCAAAAUUUUACGAUUUCGUUAAAGGAGAAACUGACGAUCAGAUUCGUGAAACACAGCUAUGGUUCGAUACGGCUCUUGCUUAUGCCCCUUCUCCCAUAAUGCACAAGAUCAAGACUACAAGAGCCUUUCAGUUGGACACCGUUUGUAAUUUUCCAGAAACAUCUGAGAAGGAACCUGUACCAUCUGAGUCAACAAGUUCAUCACAUACUUUGAAGAAAGUUGAUUUGGAACCAGAGAAACACAGUGCAAAUACUGAGCGUUAUCCUUCUGAAGAUGCGACCUCAAAUGAUGAAGACGUUGAAAGCGUUUCCAAUCAGUUAUGCGUUGUCGAGAAGCCAACCGAACUCACGAAAGAUCUCCCUUCUUCAAAUCUGACAGUUGAACAAACUAAGACCCAAAUAACCACAUACCCUUCUCAAGGAGAAGAAGCAUGCACCCCUAAGGCUUCUCAAAAGAACAAGAACAUGUUACAAACAGAAUCCAAGAAGCAACAGACAGCCAGAAGAAUUGCUAGUGCACUCAAGAAUCCAUCCACACUCGAAUCGAAGAACCAAACACAAGCUAAAUGCACCAAAACACCAUCUACUGUGAGAAGGGAUACAAAUCGAACGAAUAAGGUUUGUGGUACACUUAAUUUUGCUCAAGAAAACCAAGCCGUAAAGAGGCAGAAGCUUGAAGAGGGGAAGACAAGACAGAUUUUGAAUAUCGAAACACAAAUCUUGCCCCACAAAACAAGUCCAGGGGUUGUUAGCAACUCCAACUUAGCCAUCCCAUCAACAAGAUCUCGAACGGAAGAAAGAAAGAUGUAUAUUCGUGACCAUGCCCCGGUUCCAUUUGUUUCAACGGCGGAAAUGAUGAGAAAGUUUCAAACCGGCACACGGGAUCUGAAUCUGCCUCCCCGUCCUUCUUCACUAUCACAUGAUGAUCCUCCAAGUCAAGUGAUGCAAAGAAAGACUAAACUAACACUAACUCGACCGAAAGACCCCGCUUUUGAAACAUCUCAGCGCGUUAGAUCUGUUAAACUCAAGAGUUCAGCAGAGCUCGAGGAAGAGAUGAUGGCUAAAAUUCCCAAGUUCAAGGCUCGUCCUCUCAACAAAAAGAUACUUAAGGCUCCAACCUUACCAGCGAUGAAGCGAAGCACACCUCAGCUUCCCGAAUUCCAUGAAUUUCAUUUGGAAACAACCGAAAGAGCUAAUCAAAAUGCAGAAACUUCAACCGUUGCAUCAACAGAAACAGCAGCAGCCUCUCGGGUUCAUCAAUGGAAGCCUCAUCUUACAACACCAAAAACACCACCUCUACAAACGUUAUUAAGGGCACGACCUGUGAAGAUCAAAAGUACCGAAGAACUAGAAAAGGAAGAGCUAGAGAACGCUCCCAAAUUCAAGGCCAGGCCUUUGAACAAGAUGAUAUUUGAAAGCAAAGGUGAGAUGGGAUUGUUUUGUAACCGAAAGCGACAAGUUACAACGCCACAAGAGUUUCGUUUUGCUACUGAUGAAAGGAUUCCGCCUGCAUCCUCAAAUGUUGCCGACUUGUUUCAUAAGCUAUCGGUGCACUCGGUUUCGCACAACCAGAAACAAGUUACUAGGAAUACUGCACCCAAUCCGUUCCAUUUGCAAACUGAGGAAAGAGGAGCAAAGAAAGUAAAGAGAUUUGUAACGGAAGUGAUGCACAAGCAGAUAGAAGAGGAGCAGGCCAUAAUUCCCAAAGCUACCCCAUAUCAGUUUACUACGGAUUACCCUGUGGUUCCACCAAAACCACAGCCUAAACAGUGCACCAAACCAGAACCGUUUCGAUUAGAGAGUGUGGCAAGGCAUGAAGAAGAAGUACGAAAGGACAUGGAAGAAAGAAAGAGGUUGAAAGAGGAAGAAGCUAGGAUGAGAAUGUUUAAGGCACAACCGAUAUUGAAAGAGGAUCCUGUUCCAUUACCUGAGAAAGUCCGCAGGCCACUGACUGAAGUUCAGGAAUUCGAUCUGCAUGCACAACACCGAGCAGUGUAUAGAGCGGAAUUUGACAAAAAAGUCAAGGAGAAAGAGAUGAUGUACAAAAGAUACCGUGAUGAAGAAGAGUCUGCAAAGAUGAUGGAGGAGGAGAAAGCUUUAAAACAACUAAGAAGGACUUUGGUACCUCAUGCAAGACCAGUGCCAAAUUUCAGCAAGCCUUUUUUACCUCAAAAGUCAUCAAAAGGAGUCACAAAACCAAAAUCACCAAGACUGAAGAUCGCUGAAAGAACAGAAAGAAGAAAGAUGGUGGUUGCUGCGGCAUCAAAUAUGAGGUGAUAUGUGUGGCAAAAUUCUUGAUUUUCCAUUCAAGAGUUAUUGAAUUAAAACUAUCAUAUUCUGACCAGUAAUUCUUUCAUUGAUUUCUAUGACAAGCUGUUGUUAGCAGUGUGUAUUCAUUGUGCGUGGUUAUUUUGUUUUGCUUCAGUUA